UUUCAAACCAUCCAAACGCAGUGCCAAAAACUUUUCUUCAUCUGCCUCUGCUAAUCAAGCGGGCGAUCAUCUGCUUACUGUCGACAGACAGCCUGGUCGCUUUUUUACUUCUUUAGCAACCACACUAAGAAAUGGCAGAAUGGGUCCUCUUCACUGUUGCCGAUGGAAUCCUUAGUAAAUUGGUUUCCCUUGCUUUCCGGGAGAUUGGACUCUGGUGGGGUCUUCUAGAUGAACUUGACAAGCUCAAGAACACAAUUUCCAGGAUCCGUGCUGUUCUUCUUGAUGUAGAAAAGAAGCAGACAAUGAACGAGCAAGUCAAAGAUUGGCUUGGGAAGCUCAAAGAAGUUGUUUAUGAUGUGGAUGACUUGCUGGAUGAGAUCACCACUGAAGCCUUGCGACGACGAGUUAUGGAUGGGAAUAAACCCACAAAGAAGGUACAUGUUUUCUUUUCACGUUCCAAUCAGCUUGCUUAUGAUUUUAAGAUGGGUAGGAAAAUUAAGGCAACUAGGAAAAAUUGGCUGAGAUUGAAGCUGAUUGACAAUUUGAGUUAGAGGUUUGUAUAGAGGAGCAAAGUGAGGUGAUGAUGAGGGAGACUGAUUCCUCUUCACCUGAUAUUGUUGCUGGGAGGGAAGGUGACAAAAGCCCAAUCCUAGAGCGUUUAUUGGCUUCCAGGGAGGAAUAUGUUUCAAUCAUCUCAAUAGUUGGAAUGGGUGGAUUGGGGAAAACCACACUUGCUCAGCUCAUAUUCAAUGAUGAGAAAGUUAAAUCACAUUUUGAAUUAAAGAUGUGGGUUUGUGUUACAGAUACUUUUGAGCUCAAAACAAUUGUUAAAAAGAUCUUAGAAUCUGCAACUAAAAGAAAGCCGGAAAGUCUUGAGCUAGAUACAUGAUCUUGAAAGGAAUGUAAAUGGGAAAAAUUUUCUACUUGUUUUAGAUGAUUUGUGGACUGAAAAUCGUGAAAAUUCGGAUAAUCUAAAGAUAUUGUUAA